AUGGCUGCAUACAAUACGAAAGCAAGUGUCUCUAGUCUGGGGAACUUAGACCCUGGGGUAUCUGAAUAUCUUGCUAAUGACGGCUCGAAAAACUCCAUGUUGUUGAUACCUCUCCCAAGUUUGGUACAGAUGUCCCGACAGAAUGCUCUGCCUUUACAGGCACCACCAGGAAAUGCCUUUGUUAUCACCAUUCCUAUGAGAGAUGACCAUCAGAAUGGCGCUGUGGUCUAUAAACCGGAUACUGUUUCCCGUUCUAAGCCAUUGAUCAUAUUGAUUCAUGGCGGAGGAUUUAUUUUAGGUGACAACAGUCUUAUGAAGACUCAUGCAGAAGCAUUAAGUAUCUUAUAUGGGGCUGUUGUUGUUUGUAUAUCCUAUCGGUUGGCUCCCGAGUUCAAGUUUCCAACCGCACCAAAUGAUGUCUGGGAUAACUUGAAGUGGUUAUCCACUCAAGAGAACGCACAAUCUCUCGGAGCAGACUUGUCUGCGGGUUUCAUCGUUGGCGGUACUUCCGCUGGGGCAAAUCUGGCAGCCGUCGCGGCCCAAAAAUGGGUUACUCAAGCAGUGUCCCCUUGUAUAACCGGAGUCUGGCUGAAUAUGCCCGUUCUGCUUGAGAAAGAAUACGUCCCUGAUCAAUACAAGGAACUGUGGUUCUCUAGGGAACAAAAUGCGGACGCAAUUAUUCUCAAUAAAGCAGCGAUGGAAUUCUCGAGGUCAUCAUAUGAACCAGAUUUCAACUCGCCCGACUACUCUCCUUUCAACGCCAAGAGCCCGCACCAAGGCCUCCCACCUGUUUAUCUACAGGUGCAUGGAAAUGACCCGGCAAGGGAUGAUGGACUUAUCUAUGAGAAAGUGUUGCGUGAUCAUGGAGUCCAAACGCGAAUUGACGUGUACCCUGGCAUUCCUCAUGGAUACGAUGAUGUUUUUCCACAGUUGGACUCGUCCCGCAGACAAAGACUUGAUAUUUUGAAAGGAUUCGGUUGGUUGUUGGGAAAAGAGGUUUCGGAGGAGGAUUGCGCAAGAGCUGAUCACAAGGCUACAUCAACGUAG